AUGCGAAACACUGUGAUGGCGUUUGUGGGAGACUCGUUAAACGACAACAUGUACGAGGGUAUCGUGUGCCUCCUGCAGGCUACAACACGGGUAGUGUUCAAGAAGGUCAAGUUCGGCAAUCGGAGACUCGGGUCCUACUUUGUCCCGAAUUACAACCUCACCACUCUCACCAUCAACAGCGGUUACCUGGUUCAAAGCCCACGAUAUACCACCAACCACAAGACAGCGGUCUACACAAUGAACCCCAAGUGGGCCACGCUCCUCCCUUACACAGACGCCAUCGUGUUCAACGCGGGCCACUGGUUCUUCCAUCCACCCAAGGACCAAACCACUCCCUGGUAUCCAAUCCCAGUCAUGAGCAAGGCGCUGGUAACCGUGCGAGACUAUUUCGCCAAGGCGAACUACAAGGGAGCAGCCGUGUUCUUCACCUUCUCCCCCGUUCACGAGAAGGGCUACUGCAACGCCGCCCAGCCGUUCCCGCCGAACGUGCAAGCGGAAAACACGCUGAUGAGCUUCAUCAUGCCUGCCAUGAAGAAACAGGUGCGUGGUUCCAACACACUGGUUAACAGGUACGUGGUUACCAGACCAUCAUCCAAGGGAGCAGCCGUGUUCUUCACCUUCUCCCCCGUUCACGAGAAGGGCUACUGCAACGCCGCCCAGCCGUUCCCACCGAACGUGCAAGCGGACAACACGCUGAUGAGCUUCAUCAUGCCUGCCAUGAAGAAACAGGUGACAGUGAUGAAGCGGUCAUCCAUGAAAGUGGCAGAGAUCACCUUCAUGAGCGCCAUGCGGCCAGACGCCCACCUGGGGCUCACCCCGCUCCUUCCUCUCCGCUCCUUCCCUCUCUUUUCCUGCACCCUGCCUCAUUGCAAUCCCACUGCAGAAGGAACUUCAAGUGAGGAGGAGGAGGAGGAGGAGGAGGAGGAGGAGGAGGAGGAGGAGGAGGAGGAGGAGGAGGAGGAGGAGGAGGAGGAGGAGGAGGAGGAGGAGGAGGAGGAGGAGGAGGAGGAGGAGGAGGUUAUACGAGGAGGAGGAGGUUAUUGA